AUGUGUAUUGGUGUUUACGGUAUAGAGUUAUCAGACAUUUCUAGUGAACAGGAUAAUGGAAAAUUUGUACCGUCAUGGAAACAAGAGUCCGUGAUAAAAAUGGUAUAUACAAGACGAUUGCAUGGUGCUUUUAAACGUGGACGGUCAGCUGGUUAUUAUAAAACAAUAGGUCCUAAAGAAGGCAAAACUUAA